AGGUGGUUGUCAAGCUUACCCAACUCUCUCUUCAACUUGCAAUAACAUUAACUCUCUCAGGGCAAAGACAUAGACUGAGAGAUAGAGAAAGCUAGAACACAGCAGCGUAUUAAGUCAGUUCUGUUCAAGAAUCCAAAUAGAGUCAUAGAAACCAUAGAGAGAGAGAGAUGGGGAGACAACCAUGCUGUGAUAAAGUAGGGUUGAAGAAAGGACCAUGGACUGCAGAAGAAGACAGGAAGCUCAUGAACUUCAUCCUUACCAAUGGACAAUGUUGUUGGAGAGCUGUUCCUAAGCUUGCUGGUCUUCUUAGGUGUGGUAAGAGUUGUAGACUUCGUUGGACGAACUAUCUUAGACCAGACCUUAAGAGAGGUCUUCUCUCUGAUUACGAAGAGAAGAUGGUCAUUGAUCUCCAUUCCCAACUCGGCAAUAGGUGGUCAAAGAUAGCUUCUCAUUUACCAGGACGAACAGACAACGAAAUCAAGAAUCAUUGGAACACUCACAUCAAGAAGAAGUUAAGAAAAAUGGGGAUUGACCCUCUCACGCAUAAACCACUCUCUAUCGUCGAACAAGAAGACGAAGAACCCGUAAAGAAGCUACAGAAAGUUCAAGUUCCUUUACAAGAACCAGUCAAGAAGACUCUGGAGGAACCAAGCAACACCAAGAACAUGUUAACACUUGAAGAGCCUCAAGAUGAUGAUCAGUUCAUGGCAAUGAAUCUUGAUUAUGGUCUUGAAGAUGUUCCUCUGAUGGAUCCAGAGUCUUUAGAGCUUAUCUGCAGCAACUCAACAAUGUCUUCAUCCACUUCCACGUCUUCGAAUUCUUCUAAUGAUUCAAGUUUCUUGAAAGAUUUGCAGUUUCCAGCAGAUUUUGAGUGGUCCGAUUAUGGUAACAGUAGUAAUAAUGAAGGUGUGGACAACAUUAUAGAGAACAAUAUGAUGAGCUUGUGGGAUGUUGAUGACUUUAGCAGUUGGGAUUUGCUUCUUUCUUCCACUUUUGGAUUGGUUUGAAUUCAUUUUUAAAACUAAAUGGUCUCUUUUGUAA